AUGAUGGGCUUCCAGACACUUUUUUGCUCGGCCAUACUCGCCUGGACACUUGUGUCGGCGAGGAAAUGCCAAAACAUCACCAUCCCCAUCCAGAUCUCAGCCCGCAAUGGCGCCUUCGAUGUGGCAGUGCCUCACUCCGGUAUUGAGGUGACUGGCUUCGCUCUCGACUUUGCUCGGCAAGGCUUCAACUACUCGCAGUCGGUUCUCCAAGACUACACCACGGUCACGGGGAGCUACCACAUCUCAGCGACCCACUGCUCACCGGACAACGGCCCAAGCAGUGUCCUACAGAUCCUCACGCAUGGCAUCGGCUUUGACAAGAGCUACUGGGAUCUCCCGUUCAAGAAUUGGAACUACAGCUAUGUCGCAACUGCUGUGGAUCACUACGGGUAUUCGACGCUCGCAUGGGAUCGUCUGGGCAUCGCAAAUUCCUCCCACGGCGAUCCUCUUGCAGAGAUACAAGCCCCACUCACACAAGCCGCUCUCGCCGCCUUGACCGAGCAUGCUCGCAACCGCCACCCUCCCGGUGGCCCAGACGGCAGCUCCUCCAAGAUCAUCCACGUCGGCCACUCCUUUGGGGCCGUGCUGUCCUACGCACUCGCCCGCGACGAUCCCUCUGCUAGCGACGGUCUCAUCCUCCAAGGCUGGGCUAUGGAGAAGCAGUUCUUCCCAUACUUCGUCUUCGGCGGCAAUUUGAUCCCCGUUACCGAUCUCACGACUGCCUAUGUGCCUGGAUACCUUGCCGCUGGGAACCAAGCAGCUUUGCAAACCAACUUCCUUGGCCCAGGCCAGUAUGAUCCGGACAUGGUGGCCUAUGCAUACGCGAACGGACAACCCGCUGCGAUAGGCGAACUGCUGACCAUCGGUGGUGCCAUGUAUGGAGUCAGCAAUUUUCCUGGACCCGUCAUGGUCAUCACCGGUGAACGAGACCUUCCAUUCUGCGGUGGCAGUUGCUAUGCAGCUGGCGAUCCUAACCACCCCAACAUCCCGGACAUGGCGAGGCAGUUUUUACCCAACGUCAAGGACGUCAACGUCACGAUUGUACCUGGUGGUGGACAUGGGUUGAACAUGGAGUACGGGCACGAGACAGUGUACCGGGCUAUGAACGACUUCUUGGGAUCGAGUGGGCUAGGUGCGCACAGCAGCAGGCGGGACGCUGUGGAGUAG